UCCUCUCCCCGCUCCUCCCCCCGCUCUUCCUCCUCUUCCCCCUCCUCCCCACACUCGCCACGCUUGACACAGCGAGCCCAGGGAGGGUGACACACGAGUGUCACGUGUGUGGGAGCACGCACACCGAGGAGAUGGAGCGGUGAGAUGAGCCCGUGCGAGGGUGCUGCAUGGAUCGUCGUCGUCAUCAUCGCAUCGCGGCAGGGCGAGAUUUGGCGACGGCGGCUUGCGGAGGAAUUCCUCCAGCGGGGGAUUGACACCGGCUGAUUAAUUAAUCACGUAAUUCAUAUCCUUCGUUAACUGACGCCGUGCUCAUUGACACCACCGUCGCCACCACCUCCACGCUCAACCCCAGCUGCACCGGCAGACAGGACAGGCGUUCAGAUGCGGGGCAGCGCUCUCACGCGCUCAUCUCACUCCUAGAACUCGUGAUACAUCUCUUGAUCUGAUCGAUCCCAUUAUCUCUUUGAUACAGCUGAUGCAUCACCCUGCUGAUGGAUCUCCAGGAUCCGUGUCCUGCUAAAUCUCCCUGAUACAUCUCUGGAUACUUCUCGUUUCGGCUGGGACCAUGGCGGGCCGCGUGGCGCUCUCCGCGUUCUCACUGCUGCCCGUGGUGUGCGGGGCAAGGAGAGCGGCACGCCGAGACCAGGUGAAGCAGGCAGCGUGCGCGGUCGAGGAACCCUCGCGCGGAUGGCUCGCGGCACGUGCACCUCUGUGCAGCGGCGUGGCCCUGCUCGCCCUGCACUUCCUCUACCGGAUGUGUCCUCACGACGUGCUGUCGGAGGUGCUGGCUGUCUACUCCCUCGUUCUGGGCACUGUGGCCCUCCUGUGCUCCAUACGGCCGACCGUACUCGCGAUGCUUCCCGAAGGGUUCCCCAAUACGUGGUACCAGGUGACGCUUAACCAAGGCUUAGGGACGGCAAGGAGAGAGAUAUGGAGCAUGAGGUUUGACCGGAGAGACCUGCUGAGCUUGGCAGCGAGCCUGUCUGUGGGCCUGUGCUACUUUGUCACCAAGCACUGGGCCACGAGCGAUGUCCUGGCUGCGUCCCUGGCGCUGCGCGGGGUGGAAUUGCUGCCGCUGUGCUCCAUCCCUGCAGCGUGCCUACUCUUCGCAUGUCUCUGUCUACAUGACAUCACGUCGUGUCAGGAACUGAGUGGACUUGAAGGGAACAUUCCGAUCGCCUUGGUAUUCCCUAAAGAAUUAUUCGGAGAUGGCGUGGACGUGUCGCCGUUCGUGAUAGUACCACUGGACACUGUCGUCAUUCCAGCUGAAUGCAGCAUAAAUAACAAAAUCAUGCCCACGGCUGUCUCCCAUUAUUCAGGGAUAUUCAUAGCAUUUUUGCUGAAAUUUGACAUAAGCAUUGAGAGGAAUAGUCGCGUUUACUUCUACACGGGACUCACAUCAUACGCCGCGGGACUCUGUCUCACAGCGGUGUUGGAACAGUAUGCUCUGCCAAUAUUUCCUUAUCUGGCUCCAGUCUACCUUGGGCUGCCACUGCUGGUGGCUGCAUACAGGGCGGAGCUCACGGAAAUGUUCUGCUUUGUGUCGGCGGUGGAGCGGUCUCCCCACACUCCGCAGGCGAGCGAGCUGCCUCUAAUGCCUGGCUACCCAGCAGCACUUGGGGCCUUCAUGAGCUGCAAACCCAGGCUCUAUCACAUAGCAGACCCUAGCUCGGUGUGACCUUUCACCUCCAACCUAUUGUCGUUUGAACGGUGGGAUCUUGCCAUAUAUCUUUCUGUGGCUCAUUCUUAUGAUUUUAACGUGGAUUAAUGAGCUCAACAUGCUGUCGCAGUGUAAUGGUCAGCACGCUAGGGGUCAUCACUUCGAUUCGUUAACAGUCAGUCCACGUGAAAAUGUGGAAGCAGUGGUGGGGUCAUGCGGUGGUGCCGGGUGGUGGGGGAGGUGCCUCCCGGCCCGAGAGGGCCAAGUGCCUGCGGCGAGUUGGAGUCGAAUGGGAUUCAGAUGGUGUGGGCAGAGACAGAAGAAUAUUGAAGGCAACAUCCUGUGGUAGUUAGCGCAGGUGAAAUGCGAGUUAUUAGAAAAGUGUAUGACACUUCAUGAAAGUUCAGUAUUGACCUGGAGGUUGAAUAGCAAUCUAUCUCUGCUUAGUGAGUUGAUCGUUCUGCAGACGUCAAUGCCGGGAAUAGAUUUGUUUAUAAAGUGAAAUGUUAAUUUCAUUGUACAAGUAUAUCUAUGCGUGUGCAUUUAGAUGGAAAAUAGUGCAUAUACAUUAAAUGGUGUUUUGCUGAAUGAUCUCUUGUGAUGUCGAGCCCGUGUGUGUAUUACCUGUAAAUAUAAUGGCUAAACACUUUCCUUACUUUUUACUUGUAAAUAAAGUCCCUUAAUUUUUGUUA